UCUCUCGGUGACCCCAUCAGUACUGCUCUUUUUUUUUUUUUUCUUAAUUUUUUUAUUAGUUUCAGCGGGUGAGCGGAGUCCCCGAAUUUUCCCUAUUCUGCUCCCCUCCAUUUUUUUUCCUUCUCCCCGCCCCACUCUCUCUCGAACUUUCUCCAGUUUUAGGUUUUCUGAAAGCCCCGCUCCUCUUCCUCUCCUCCGCCACCGGCUUAGGGUUCCGGGAGGGGGCGCCGUCACUCUGCGGCGCAGCUCCUCCUCUGGCCUCUUGAAGUUUCCGUCCUGCUCCCUGGUUACUGGCUCGUCGCUCUUCUUUUCUUUCUAUUCCGGUUUGUUUGGAUGCUACGGGAAGAUUUUGAGAUCAUGGGCUUUUAUCUAGAUCACUUUUGAGCAGUGAUAUCUACUUUUAUGAACCUUGUAAGGUUUUGAGAUUGUGUGCUUUUUUCUGGAUCUUUGUAGGGCUGUAAUAUAUGACUUGCUAAGGUGACUGACGUCCCAGUACUGGAUAACUGUUGUUGGGAGGCAGUUGGUCCUACUUGCAAUAUCAGAUCCUGGUAUUGUUAACAGCUAUAAUUCUAUAUUGGAGAAUCUAUCUUGUUUUGAAGAUAUAUAUCUCUCUUUUGCACAUGAGUAUUCAUGAGCAUGAAGAGGAAACAUAGCCUAUUUUGGUUGAUACAUCUUAGAUGAAGGAAUCUAAGGGCAUUCUUAUAUCAUUAUAUCAUGAUGGAGUGCAACAAGGAAGAGGCUAUCAGAGCCAGGGACAUUGCCGAAAAAAGAAUGCAAAGCAAAGAUUUUACUGGGGCACGGAAGAUUGCUCUCAGGGCCCAACAGCUCUUUCCUGACCUGGAUAACAUCUCUCAGAUUUUAACUGUUUGUGAAGUGCAUUGCUCUGCUGCAGUUAAAGUCAAUGGGGAAAUGGACUGGUAUGGAAUUCUUCAAGUAGAGCCAUCAGCAGAUGAUUCAUCUAUCAAGAAGCAGUAUCGCAAACUUGCUCUUUUACUUCAUCCUGAUAAAAACAAGUUUGCAGGUGCUGAAGCUGCAUUCAAGUUAAUUGGAGAAGCACAUAUGACAUUGUCUGACCGUGCAAAGCGGUCCCUUCAUGACAUCAAAAGAAAUGCUAACACAAAAAUUGCCCCAUCAAGGCAGCCUUCUCAGCAAGCCAAGAAGACUCCCUAUGCUAGAAGCAAUGUUCAUAAUUUUAAUGGUUUGAACCAGCAGCAGCAACAGCCAUCAUCUUUCAGUGGUUCCCAGACUUUUUGGACCAUUUGCCCUUUUUGUUGCAUGAGAUACCAGUAUUACAAGACAAUAUUGAACAGAGCUCUCCGCUGUCAGAAUUGCUCAAAACCUUUUAUCGCAUAUGAUUUAAAUGCUCAAGCUGUGCCUCCUGGGACAAAUUCAGGCUAUUCAUAUAAUAGUUCUGGAAUUCCACCGCAGCAGUUUCCCGGUCAGCAAGCUCAUAAUACAAGCCAGCAAACUCAAUUCGGUAAUGCUUCUUCUAGUACUGCAUUUCAGGGUAAUGUGGGUGGGAACUCUGAACAUGGAUGUGGACCUGUGAACAAGGCAAAAGAAGAUGGUAAGCUUGAUGUUGAAGGUGGGGCAGGCAAUGAGGUGAAGUUUGAAAAAGUAAAGCUUAAAGAGGUGAAUAAGAAAGAGCAGGUAGCUAAGCCUUCUGUAAAGACAAGCCAGAAGAGGGGCAGAAAAGCGGUUAUUGAAUCUAGUGAUUCAGAUUCCAUUGAUGUUGAAGAUGUAGUUAUUGAAGAUGGUCUUGCAGAGCAGGGUACUGGCACAGAUGCGAGCCAUCAUCUGCGAAGAUCAACCAGGCUGAAGCAAAAUAUCACUUAUAAUGAAGAUGAAAGUGACGAUGAUGACUUCAUGAAUCCUUCUAGCCGUAAAAGGCUGAGAAAGGGUGGAUCAUCAUGUAAUGCUGAUCGGAGAGAGAAAGACUUGUCAGAUUGUGAUGCCAAUGGGGUUGAUGUGGAAACUAGUGAGAUCAAUAUUUUUGAUGAAAAAAUGGAGCGCAAGCAGACAGGAGGCACAGCACAUGAUGAAAAAUUGCCAAAUGAAAAUGAAGUGACCAAAGAUAAAUUGCAGGAAAGCAAACAAGGAACCAUUGAGAAAGCGGAAACAUCUCGAGCUGGGACUGAUUCUAGUGUUGAUUCUAGCUCAAAGGCUUCACCUAAUCUUGGGUCUCUUUCCUACCCUGACCCAGAGUUUUGUGACUUUGAGAAGUUCAGGAAUCCAGAACAAUUUUCGGUUGAUCAGAUCUGGGCAGUCUAUGAUAAUAUGGAUGGGAUGCCCAGAUUCUAUGCGCGGAUUAGGCAUGUCCAUGCCACAGACUUCAAGCUGCGGUUUACUUGGUUAGAGCAUGACCCCACAAAUGAAGAUGAAAUAGCAUGGUCUGAUGAGGAAUUGCCUGUUGCUUGCGGGAACUUCAGACUGGGGAAAUCAGAAGUCACCCAAGACCGGCUGAUGUUCUCUCAUGUUAUUUCUUGGAAAAAAGGCAGAAAAAGAAACUCGUAUGACAUAUAUCCUAGGGAGGGUGAGGUUUGGGCUCUUUUCAAGGACUGGGACAUUGGGUGGAGCUCUGAUCCAGACAAUCACAGGCUAUAUGAAUAUGAAAUUGUAGAAGUCGUUUCAGAUUUCGCAUUAGGCACUGGCAUAAGUGUUAUUCCAUUAGUCAAGUUAAGGGAUUUUGUGAGCUUGUUCAUCCGAGCAAAAGGCGAAAUAACAGCUCCAUAUGUCAUACCACCCAGCGAAAUACUUAGAUUUUCUCACAACAUUCCUUCUUAUAGGAUGACUGGAGCUGAAAGAGAAGGCAUUCCAAAAGGUUGUUUUGAACUUGAUUCAGCAUCCCUUCCUAAUAACUUUCAAGAGGUUUUUCAUUCCAUCAGUCUUGACAGCAUCAUGGAUAGAGGUGGAAAGUUGGAUAAUGAAUGUGGUGUUUUGCAUUCUAAGACUGCAGUUGCUGAAGAGAAGCCUGGAACUAUUACAGUUGAGGAAAUUGAGAAUAUGAAAUGUCAGGACGUUUCUCCUCAUGGGGCAAAUGAAGUUUAUGCGGAGAAACAUGACGCAAGUACAAGUCAGCAUAUGGCAGCAACUGCUUCAAAACAUGUAAAUGAAAUGAAGGCAUCCAGGGUAGAGAUUGACAAAGAUAAUGUAGAUUCUCAGGAUGCCGAUGCCGACAGUGAUGCUGAGUGUCAUGAUCCAUCUACAUCAUCAUCUCAAAUUCCGAUUACCUAUGAAUAUCCUGAAUCAGAGUUCCACAACUUUGAAGAAGGCAAGUCCAUCGAAAAGUUCGGGCAGGGUCAGAUUUGGGCACUCUAUAGUGAUAUUGACAAAUAUCCCAAGUAUUAUGGCUGGAUAAGGAAAGUUGAACUGGGGGAUUUUAGAGUGCAUGUGAUAUGGCUUGAGGCCUGUCCUUCAAGAGAGGAGGAGAAACAGUGGUUGGGAGAGGAGCUGCCAAUUGGAUGUGGAACAUUUAAAAUUGCUAGUGGGAGUAUUACAUUUGAUACUACAGAUACCUUUUCUCAUCUUGUAAAAGCUAGACCAGCUGGUAGAAAAAACCAGUAUGUUAUCCUCCCCAGCGUUGGUGAGAUUUGGGCUGUGUACAAGAAUUGGCGUGCAGGAUGGACCCUUUCAGAUUUUGAAAAUUGUGAGUAUGAUGUAGUGGAAAUUUGUGAGCAUACUGGUUCUAGCAUGAGAGUUUCGCUUUUAACUAAGGUGACUGGCUAUAGGGCUGUAUUCAGACCUGAAAGAAAAGGAAACACCAGUACCAUGAUGGAGAUACCGGAAGAUGAGUUUUUGAGAUUCUCUCAUCAGAUACCUGCAUUCCAGCUGACAGGUGAAAGAGGUGGUAAGCUACGUGGAUAUUGGGAGCUUGAUCCUGCAUCGGUGCCAGAGAUUUUUCUGUUUCCAAAUGUUGACUGAAACAUUAGGCUAAUGGGGGUCGGGAGUCUUUGACAAGUGUGACUAUGGUUUGUGACCUUUCAUAUGAUACUUGGGUUAUCAGAUCAGGUCCUCCCUGAAAAGGCAACAGGAGUGCCUCCCAGUUUGCUUCAGAAGUUGCAGAAUUUAUGUACUUCUGCUGGAUCCCAUUUGGAUGAUAGCUUAAAUUCUCUAUGCCGUGCUCUAGUUUUUGGAGGUUUCAAUCUGGUACCAGCUUGGGGAGGUUGCAGAUUGUGCAAUCGAUACAUUUUGCUAGUUGGAAAUGAAUCUUUCCAUUGGCCACACUCAUAUGUGUAGAUCUCUAGUCAUGCAACCAGAACUAGCUUGGUAAGAUUCUGAUAUUUAAUGCUUGCCGUUAGUUUCAUUUUAGCUAUCCCAUGUAUUGAGGCUUUUAGUGUAGCUGCAGUCUGCCAUUUUGGUAUAAUGAAGCCCUUAGAAGGCUGGCUGCUAAGACGUCAACAAGGUGUUGUGCCCCCCACGAUCAUGUCUCAUUUGUCUGCUAUUUUAAGUUCUAUUUUUGCUAAUAGCUUCCAUAGUUCUGAUAGAAUCAACCAGGGGAUUCAACCAAUUUUACUGUGGUGGUCAUUUUUAUAUCCGUGUUGCUAGUAUUCAUCUUUUUCUGCAGGGUACGAAUAUUACCAUGACAUCAAUAUCUUGUUGGAUUCAGAAGCCACUUGCUUUGUUGCAUUCAAAACAAUGUCCUACACUUUCUAUCCACAAGGGCUUUAAUAGAUGACCAUCCUUGAUUUUGUGCAAAA